CCAAUGAGACAUGAUUUAAUGGUUAUGAUGAUAAUGUAUGUGUACGACGACGCAAGAGGGAAUAAUUGGCCAGAUUAAAUUUGCAGCACAAUAAAAAAUUUAGAAGAUAUUGGUAAAUCUUUAGUUACACAUCAGAAAGCGCAUGGAGAACAAAAAUAGUUCUAAUAAAGAUCUGUCGGAGCGUACUACUUAUCAAAAAAAUGCUAAAGAAAUAAAACGUCACAUUCUCGCUGAAUCAAAGACUCUUAUAAUCAAAGAUACGUCAGAAGGCGAAGAAGAAAGAUUCUUAAUAAAAGAAACGAAUUGUUUCCAAAAAGAAAUAAUGAAGGAGAAUAACGGAAUAUUAAAAGAGACGGUUACGUCAGAAUCCUUUUCUAAGAGAAUCGAUAGCACCGAGAAAUAUGAUAAAUUAAAACGCGAGAUUAACAAUCCAGGAAAAAUUGGCGAUAUGGCAACGGUGACGGUCGAUAGAUAUCGAUGUCAACGUCCUCUUCGUGAUAUAAUUGGUAAACGAGAGCAACGUAGAGAAGAAUUGGAAAAGAUGGAAGGAGAUUUGCGACAACGUCUGGAUAUGCUUGAGUGCUCGAUACCAGCGGUGAUGGUAUGGAAUAUUUGGAGAUUGUCGCAAGGAGCGCCUGUCUGCAGGAUCAAGCGUAUUCUGGAGAAACAAUUUAAAGACACGAGGGAACUCUCUUGUCGCAGCACACCGAGCUGCCAUUACGAUUGCAGGGUACGAGAAGUUGAGGCAGAAAGAAAACUGGCGUUGAAAAAAGUGGAGGAAGCGCGAACUCUUUGGUCGGAGAAACUCAUGACGUUGGAAGAAAGAAAAAAAAAACUUUAUGAAGCCAGGAAGAUUCAGGAGGAACAAAGAAAUGCGAUAGAACGGUUAAACGAGGAAAAUAGAAUACUGCAAGAAGCGAUGGAAAAGAAAGCAAUGGAAAUGGACGAAUCGUGCCAGUGCGGUGACACACAAUGUAAACAGAGACAUCUCAGGAAAGUUUCUAGCGUGACGUCCAUCGAGUCCGGAGACAUUCAGUGUCUGGAGAAGCUACAACGAUUAGCGGAGGAGGAGGUGAUAACGAAGCGAGAAAUAAUCGAAUUGGAACGCCGUGAGGAAGCUUACAUGAGAACACUUCAGCAGGCCGAUGAAAUGUGGUCAAAAAUGGAGGGCGAUGUAGUCAGUACGACGAGCACAUUGCAAAAACAAUUGGACAUGAAAACUGCCGCCAAUCAACAACUCGCGAAUCGUGUAUGCGAAUUGGAAGAUGCGCUCGAGAAGUGCCGGGCAAGACUAGCCACGUGUAGAACAGAAUUGGAGAAGUUUCUAAGUAUCGAGAAAGUCGAAGCUACGAUCGGUCGCGACGAUGACGUUGCGAAAGUGGCAGAUAAGGAAGUUGCGGUAAAGGCUAAAGUCGUGCAUCGGCCAAUCGGUAGGAUAGAUGACAUAGCCACAGUGAAGGACGACGAAGUUCUUGCGAAGGUCGAAAUUGCGGAUGAGGGAGUACUAGCGAAGACCAAAGUCGUGGACGAGGAAGUGUUAGCAAUAACCGAAGUUGAGGAUAAGGAAGCGUUGGCGAGAGUCGUUUUAACCGACGCCGAUGUAGAAGCUACUUUUAUUGUGGACGAUAAGUUAGUCUCGGUUAAACCUGACUUGACUGAUCUUGCUGUCGAUCGUCCGAUAGAUCUUAUACGAAUCGAAGACGCGGAAAGUAUAGUUCGACCGGAAGACGUAGCUUAUGAGCAACAGAGAUUCAAAGAAGUUCGGGAAUAUUUGGCACAAUUAGGAUCAUUAGAAGAAUUGUAUACGGAUGACGGUGUGCCGUGCGCACAUGAUUUCGUAUGCAACGAUGUGGUCUCGUCACCUACCGGUAUGACAGACGAGGAACUUAUUGCGUUGGACAUAGAACAUCCUGCACUAAUGAAGAAACGUGAUGAAAUCGUAAUUACCGAGGAACAAGAGAGGCAAUUUCAAAAAGAAUUAGUUAAAAAACCAUACAACGCUGUUGACGGGAUUGAAAAAAGAGAAAAGAAAGAAAAUGAAAUUCCCAGCGUCGAAAUCGAGAGGAAAAUUGCUGAGAAAGUGGAAAAACGGAUCGCUGAAAUCGUAGACGUUAAAGAAACUGUAACGCCACGGACAGUCGAAGAAGCUGAUGAUAGACUAGUAACGAUGCCGAAAGAUCGAACGCCGGAAGUAAACAAAAUCGAGGCCGGAAAUAAACAAAAUCAGGGCAUCGUGAUACAACGGGAUACGAUCCUAUCGUGGAUUGAUGCGAUCAAUAUGAUUCGCACGACAGCAGCGAAACACCCUGACUGUAGUGAAGUGAAAAAAGAUGCUGAUAUCUUAGCAGAACAAGUUGGCACGUAUGUUGGGAUAAAAGCUAAAGAAGUGGAAGAGGAAAAUGCAGCAAUAGACAAAGAAGGUAAGCAGAAGAAGGUUAUUGAGAAGAACGAAAUCAAAAUAAAGAUCGAUAAAAAUGAAAAGGUAAUAAGUAAAACUAAGUUACAAGAUGAAUUAAUAAUUUUGAAGGCUAAAGAAAUGGAACCUGUGAUAAAAACUGAUUCCGUACCAUUCCCUAAUUCUGAAGAAGCAUCGGCAGAAGUGAAAGUACCAAUGGAAGCAAUAGCUGAAUCAGAAUUACUGCCCACUUUUACAAAAGAGGAAGUAUCAAUUGGCAUAAAACUCCCUACGGCGGUUUCAAUUGAAGAUUCUUUUCAGCCUCCUACAAUUCACAAUAAAAAAGAUUUGAAAAACGACACUAUCCCGUUAGCAAUAUUCGAACCAACUAUCGAAGAAAUAAAAGCUGAAGAAACACGAGUCGAAGCAAUUAUAAACAAUGCAAAAGAGAUUGAAAUACCUAAAAAUAAAAUUACAGAGAGAAAAGCAGUAGUUGAAGAUCUAGUAAAUAAUGAAUUGAUAACAAAAUUAGAGGCAAAUGACAAAAUCGUAAAUUUUAUAGAAGAAAAAAUGUUGGUCGUUCCAAAAGUAGAAAAGGAAGAACAAAAAAUCAUAUUUAAUCAUAUAGAAAAAAUUGAUGAAAAAGAGAAAGACAUACCAACAGAAAUAAAAAUAAAAGAAAUAACAGUAGAAAACGAAAAAUCAGAUAAAGUGUUACCAGUGACAGAAAUUGAAGAAAGCAAAUUUGUAGAACAUGUUGCAGAAAAGUCGAAGCAAAUUUCACCGCUAGAUGAAACUAAAAUAACAGACACAAAAGAAAUCAUAAGAACAGAUAAAAUUGUAGAAGUUUCGCCGGUUGCAGAAAUGGAAGAGGCAGAACAAGAGAAAACGAUGCCAGCGGUGGAUGUAAAAGAAGUGGAAAAAAUUAUGCCAGAGACAAUUUCACCAACCGUGGAUAUAACCGAGGUAGAAAUGUUCGAACCUGACAAAUUCCAUAUCAUAGAUGAUAAAAAAGCGAUUACAAAUGCAAUAGAAGAAAAGAUUAAAACUGAAGAACCUACACCUAUUUUGAAUAAAAAAGAAAAAUCAUUGCUUCUGGACGCGGUAAUUAAAGAAAAAAUCGAAAAUGAAAAACCCGCAAUAAAAAAAGAAGAGAUUGAAAUCGCAGAAUCGCUACUGAUCGCCGAAGUAACAGAAAAAGAAAAAAAUGAAGUCACAGAAUCGCCACAAAUUGAGGUCAUAGAAAAAAAAGAAAAAAAUGAAGCCGUAAAGUUACCACCAAUUUCGGAUAUGGCAAAAGAAGAAAAAAUUGAAGUCGCAGAGGUUUCCCCGAUUACGGAUAUAAUAAAAAAAGAACAAAUUGAAUCCAAAGAAUUGCUACUAAAUAUGAUAAAGAAAGAUGAAAUUGAAGCAGAAAAAUUAUUACCACGCGCAGAUGUAAUAAUAGAAGAAAAGAAUGAAAUAAUUCAGCCAGUACCAACAAUACCAAUAAUAAAAAAAGAAAUGGAAGAGGAGAUCGAUGACUCGGAAAAAAUGUUGAAAGUAGAAAUUAAAAAAGAGAAAGAUGAAGAAAUAGAAGAAGUUGCAUUGCCGAAAAAACUUAUACCGACCGUCGAAUUACCUGAAGAAGAAGAAGAAAUACCUCAAGUAGAAAAAGAGGAAAUACUGACGACAGUCCCGCUGCCCAAGAAACCAACUCCAAAAAUAAAAAAAGAAAUUCCAGAAGAGGAAAAGCCAGAAAUGGUCCAGAUAGAAUUAAAAAUUCCAAUUGCUGAGAUAAAAUUGACCGAAAUGGAAGUAACAACGAUACCAUUCGAUCCACGACUAGUGGCACAGCCGUAUCUAAUCGUAACAAAGAUCAAAGAGAAGGAGCAGAUUAUACCCACAAAACCACCAUGUUACCUGGAAUGUUGCCUGCGGCCACCGAUCGAGACCACGAGGCAGUUCGAGAUUCCGCAAACUGAUGUCCCUCAAACCGAAGUCGUACAAACCGAAGUAAUACAAGCCGAGGUCGUACAAACCAAAAUGAUGCAAACCGAGAUCGUACAAAAUGAGGUCGAACAAGCCAAAGUCGUACAUACCGAGGCCGUCAAAACUGAAGUUGUACAAAUAACCUCGCAGACAAUUUCGACCGCUGAACCGUCCCGUAUACGAAAUAUUAGUGAAUAUUUAAAACCAACCGAGUUAAAAGCACCGAGAACUGAAAUCACCAGCGACCGUCCUGAAAUAACCGGCCGAAAAAUGCUCAAACGCUUAAAGGACCAAUCGACCGUCACGACUUCCAGCACCGGAUCACCGACGGAUAAAACAAGCCACGUUAGCCACGAUCGAGUUGUAAGAGAUGAAAGAGAACGCGCGAGAGUGCCCACGGAUGAACUUCUACGAUCUAUAAAGAUCGCCGCCGGGCUAACGCGACCGGACACAGAACGCGAGAUUAGGACAAUUAAUUAUGGCAGGAGGUCCGACGAAACAGGCAGAGCGGUUUGUAACUGUUGUUCAUGCGGUAAAACUCCGACUCCGCCGCCGACAAGACCUAGAUUAGAGGUUCAACCGCAGAUAGAUGCAACGCCUCCGGCGGUAGCUGCGUUCGAGCGUAUGUUUAUUCGCCCUAAAAUCGAUCAUCCAAUAUCGCAUGAUAAAUUAUGUAGCGAUUGCAAAGCGAAAAUGCAGAGCAGGAUGCCGCGUGAGAGACAUCACGUCGAAAAGAUCAUCAAGAAGAUCUCUCAUGAUCAAGAAAGUUGCGACAGCGUGUCACUGACUGGUAAAACAUAUCAUGUGGUAUCGCGAAAAAGAGUGAUCGAAAAAAGGGACCAGGCUUGCUUGGCCAAAAUACAUAAGCAAAAACCUAAUCCUAUUGAACAAAAAAGAAAAGAUGAUUUACAGCCAAUUUUAGAGGAUUCGGAAAAAUCGACUGUGGAACCGUUAUCUUCAAGUUGCAUUUGUUUUAAAUUAGAGAAAACUGGUGUAAAACCAAUUAAAAAAGGAAAUUGCUAUUGUGAAGAUUAA